AUGGAGGAGAUAUUAAGGGAAGUAAAGAUUGAGUGCUACCACGGGACAUGCUCAAGUAGCGGGGAGUGCGUUUGCUCGCCGUGUUGGACAGGGGAUAGCUGUGAUUCUCUCGAAAAUUCUCACGUGCCAGUAUUCCAGCAAACACUUCUUACAAUCGACGUCAAUUUGAAAGAAACAUUCCGUGAUGACGUCAUAGCCACCGUGGUGGCCAAUGACCCGGAUGCAGAACUAUGUUCCUACGAGGACGGGUGCCCGUGCUCGAUCAUUCUCUACUCCAUCGAGCAGGGGAACGAUGACUCUUUAUUCAGGAUCGAUCCCAGAACCGGGGAACUCUCAAUCUCGGUUGAAAAACGAAUGGCGGAGAUUGACAAGGACGAGGUUGAACUGCAGAUCGCAGCCAAGAACCCUGUGCACAGAACGCGGGGUCGAAGGAGACGGAUGGAUGGUGAUGAUGUACAGAAUGACCAGAGAGUAUCUAAAAUGCUAGUGAGGAUCUUAUUCUCGUCCGGAAUUAAGGAGGAGGUUGUGGAGGUUCAUUCAAGACACAGGAGAUCGACAAGCGGCGUUCCAAGCAGUGAGACCUUCACCCUGGAGAAACUCGAUCCGUUCACGGAUGUAACAGAGAUUCUGAUUGGCCAGAAGGUUGACCUCCUCCUGACCCUAUGGCUUCCGGUGCAGUCUACGUCACUACGGGUAGAGCUGCUCACACCAUACGAGUCUAGCGCCAUCAUGGUCCUGUGUAAUCCAGUUUUCAGCCACAUUGGUUCGAACUACCCGGGGUUUAGUAGCGGCGAUGUGGUAGCCGAGUUCUAUGCUAGUGGAGAUGACCAUAGGUACGAUCGCAUUGUGUUUGAUUUUGGUUCCGUAACCAACGACGGCUCGGACAGCGCCGAUGAUCAGAGCAGUAAGAUCAAGCUGGAAUUCACGGUGAUUCUACAACAGACCAACGCCACACAAUACGGCGAGACCUACUGGGUGUCGGCUGGUGUCAACUACGGGGUGAAUCUCGCUGAGGUCUGGGUCGGCCAGACGUCGUUCACCCCGGUCAGCGAUAUCGACAGCUGGUCCACAAGCUCUCCAGAUAUUAUCAUUUCCGGUCCUGAAACAAUGACCAUACUGAGUGCCGCCAUCUUUCAAAUUGAUCUGGUGAUCAAGAACUACGCUACAGACUUCUAUUUGGAUGUGAUAGCGGAUCAAUCCGGAUCCACUGAUCCUAUCAUGAAGAUUGGCGAACUUCAACUCGCUGGAAAAGGCGAUAAUUUCGACUGUAUGCCGGAUGAGCUCCCCCAGUACUCUGGUGUUUCUGAUAACUCCACAGGCGCAACGGUUAAGGCAAGGCUAGACUUUGGCAAUAUCGUCAACACAGGUACAUAA